GAUGCGCGUCAAACGGGCAUCAUCAGCAUGUAGACCCCUCAUCUCUCCUUCACCCAUCAGGGGCUUCUUGUACCCACUCUACCAAUCUGCACCAAAAAUUAAAGCAACGAUGUGACCUCAACGCCUCUCUUUUACGUUCCCGAUAGCACAACACGCCGUUUUUAAGCGAUUAUUUAAUGCGGACAUGGGACAAUCUCAUCUGCAUCAUUCAGGUUUUCUUCCGAAUAAGAUGAAGUCCUCAGCAGCGUCUGCUGGGUUCUGUUCCCUGCAUUGUAUUUAUCUAUUCUGCACUGUUGCGCAUCACCUGCAUUUGGAAUAGCGUCAAAUGAUGUGACUUUCAUUAAUUUUUUUUAUUUCAUUUCCAUGAUGGGUAUGAUUUUGGGAUAGUACACCACUGGAUAUCUUUCUGUUUUUCCUUCCUUUUUUCGACUCAAAUGUCCUUGGAGCAUGGCCUGCGCGGUUCUUGACCGAUGCUUUUCCUGUGUCGCUAGUUCCCUUUUAUUGUUUAUUAAUCACUAGUACUUGCUUCAUUUAGUUUACACAGAGAUGGAUUGGCACAAUGGCUACAACUUUAUUUGUUGACUUUUUCUUUAUGGGGGGAUAUUUAAGGGAAGCCCUAAUCGCCACACCUUAGAAUAAGAAACAUCAAACAAUCUGAACAAUUUGAUCUCAAUAUGGAGAACUACACACAGAGCAUCUUAGAAAGAGGCGAGGAACAUAAAUAAGACAAAAGGAGAGAGCAUUUUCUCAAUCACUCAUCUCAUAGCAUCUGCUGAAAAGCUGCCAGUCUUCUAGAACCAACACAUAUAAUGGGGGAUUUGGGCAAUAGCACAGUAGAGUUUCAACCUAAGAAGCUGGGGAUGGACGGAGGAGGCCAUGAGGGGGAUUUCGGGGUGUCGUUGGAUGACUUGUGCUCGCUCAUGGAGCUCAGAGGAGCAGAGGCACUGCAGAAGAUCCAGGAGAGCUACUCAGAUACCGAAGGCCUUUGUCACAGACUCAAGACUUCACCCGCAGAUGGACUGUCGGACAACCCUGCAGACCUGGAGAAACGUCGGCAGGUGUUUGGACAGAACUUCAUUCCUCCCAAGAAGCCAAAGACCUUCCUUCAGCUUGUGUGGGAGGCUCUACAGGAUGUUACCCUCAUAAUCCUGGAAAUAGCAGCCAUUAUUUCCCUUGGACUGUCCUUUUACCAGCCACCAGGAGGGGACAUUGAAGCAUGUGGUAAUGUGAGUGCAGGUGCAGAGGACGAGGGAGAGGCGGAGGCGGGCUGGAUCGAGGGUGCAGCUAUCCUGCUCUCGGUGAUCUGCGUGGUGCUGGUGACUGCGUUUAAUGACUGGAGUAAAGAAAAGCAGUUCCGUGGCCUGCAGAGCCGUAUCGAGCAGGAGCAGCGCUUCGCUGUGGUGCGGAACGGCACAGUUAUCCAAAUCCCUGUGGCUGAGAUGGUGGUGGGGGAUGUUGCCCAGGUCAAAUAUGGCGACCUCCUGCCUGCGGAUGGUGUUCUUAUCCAAGGGAAUGACUUGAAGAUCGAUGAGAGCUCCCUCACCGGAGAGUCUGAUCAUGUACGCAAAUCCACCGACAAGGAUCCCAUGCUGCUGUCAGGUACUCAUGUAAUGGAGGGGUCAGGAAAAAUGGUGGUGAUUGCAGUCGGUGUCAACUCCCAAACUGGAAUCAUCUUCACCCUUCUGGGGGCCGGAGAGGUGGAGGAAGAGAAGAAAGACUGCAAGAAAGAAAUCAAUAGUAAUUCAUCCACGCAGUUGCCCAGUGUUGAAGCCAAAGAACACAACAUCAUAAAUGGUAAACAAGAUGGGACCUUGGAGAACAAUCAAAAUAAAGCCAAGAAACAGGAUGAGGCUGUUGCCAUGGAGAUGCAGCCUCUGAAGAGUGCUGAAGGUGGAGAAGUGGAGGAGAAGGAAAAGAAGAAAACCAGUGUGCCCAAGAAGGAGAAGUCAGUUCUUCAGGGCAAACUCACCAACCUGGCAGUGCAAAUUGGAAAAGCAGGUCUGGUGAUGUCCGCCAUCACUGUGAUUAUACUGAUGCUAUACUUUGUGAUUGAGACGUUCGUCAUUCAAGGGCGGGUGUGGCUGACGGAAUGUACGCCUAUAUAUGUGCAGUACUUUAUGAAGUUCUUCAUCAUCGGAGUCACAGUUCUGGUGGUAGCUGUGCCAGAGGGUUUGCCCCUGGCUGUCACCAUAUCUCUGGCCUACUCUGUAAAGAAAAUGAUGAAGGACAAUAACCUAGUGCGUCAUUUAGAUGCCUGUGAAACUAUGGGCAAUGCCACGGCUAUCUGCUCAGAUAAGACAGGCACCCUCACCACUAACCGGAUGACGGUGGUGCAGAUUUUCGUGGAGGACCAGCACUUCCAGGAUGUCCCAACACCAGACCAGAUUAACCGCAAGACACUGGAGCUCAUCACCACUGCUAUUGCUGUUAACUGCGCCUACACCUCCAAGAUCAUUGCUGCAGAUAAGGAAGGCGGGCUGCCCAAACAGGUGGGUAAUAAGACAGAGUGUUCGCUUCUUGGUCUGGUGCUGGACCUUAAGCUGGACUACCAGGCUGUGAGAGAGCAGAUCCCUGAAGAGAAGCUCUAUAAAGUCUACACCUUUAAUUCUGUCAGAAAAUCCAUGAGCACAGUCAUUCAGAUGCCUGACGGAAGCUUCCGCUUAUACAGCAAAGGAGCCUCUGAGAUCCUGCUCAAAAAAUGCUCGUUCAUCCUGGCCCGUGAUGGUGAGGCUCGUGCAUUCAAGGCACGGGACAGGGAUGAGAUGGUGAAAAAUGUGAUUGAGCCGAUGGCAUGUGAUGGCCUCCGUACGAUCUGUAUUGCCUAUCGGGAGCUUCCAGCUGACCCCAUGCCAGACUGGGAAAACGAGACAGACAUUGUCUCCAACCUUACCUGCAUCAGCGUGGUUGGCAUCGAAGACCCUGUGCGACCUGAGGUCCCAGAUGCCAUCAAGAAGUGUCAGCAAGCAGGCAUCACUGUGCGCAUGGUGACGGGUGACAACAUCAACACUGCACGUGCCAUUGCUGCCAAGUGUGGCAUCAUCCAUCCUGGCGAUGACUUCCUGUGUAUGGAGGGGAAGGACUUCAACAUGCGAAUCAGAAAUGAGAAAGGAGAGAUUGAGCAGGAGCGAAUUGACAAAAUUUGGCCUAAACUGAGAGUUCUGGCUCGAUCUUCCCCUACAGACAAACACACACUAGUCAAAGGUAUCAUAGACAGCACCGUUUUGGAGCAAAGACAGGUGGUUGCAGUCACAGGUGACGGCACAAAUGAUGGACCUGCCCUGAAAAAAGCUGAUGUGGGCUUUGCUAUGGGAAUUGCUGGUACAGACGUGGCCAAAGAGGCAUCUGACAUAAUUUUGACAGAUGAUAACUUCUCCAGCAUAGUGAAGGCCGUGAUGUGGGGGCGAAACGUGUAUGAUAGCAUCUCCAAGUUCCUUCAGUUUCAGCUCACUGUAAAUGUAGUGGCUGUCAUAGUAGCUUUCACUGGUGCCUGCAUCACGCAGGAUUCACCCCUCAAGGCUGUGCAGAUGUUGUGGGUCAAUCUUAUCAUGGACACUUUCGCGUCACUGGCUCUUGCCACGGAGCCGCCCACUGAAGCCCUGCUCCUGAGGAAACCCUACGGCCGAAACAACCCCCUCAUUUCCAGAACCAUGAUGAAGAACAUCCUCGGACAUGCAGUCUACCAGCUCAUCAUCAUCUUCACUCUGCUCUUUGUGGGUGAGAAGAUCUUUGACAUAGAUAGUGGGCGUAACGCUCCACUUCACUCUCCUCCCUCUGAGCAUUACACCAUCAUCUUCAACAUCUUCGUUCUCAUGCAGCUCUUUAACGAGAUCAACGCCCGUAAAAUCCAUGGAGAGAGGAACGUUUUCGAUGGGAUCUUCUCAAAUCCUAUCUUCUGUUCAAUUGUGCUAGGGACCUUCGCAAUACAGAUUGUCAUCGUACAGUUUGGUGGGAAACCUUUCAGCUGUUCCCCCUUAAAUGUAGAGCAGUGGCUUUGGUGCCUGUUUGUGGGAAUGGGAGAGCUGCUCUGGGGACAGGUGAUAGCAUCAGUGCCAACAAAUCAGUUGAAGUGUCUGAAGGAAGCGGGCCAUGGGCCGGCUCCAGAUGAGAUGAUGGAUGAAGAGCUCGCUGAGGAUGAGGAGGAGAUUGAUUACGCAGAGAGAGAACUGAGAAGAGGACAGAUCCUGUGGUUCAGAGGACUCAACCGAAUCCAAACUCAGAUGGAGGUAGUGAGUACCUUCAAGAGAAGUGGUUCCUUUCAGGGUGCAGUGCGACGUCGCUCCUCAGUGCUCAGCCAACUCCAUGACAUCCGGGUGGUGAAAGCUUUCCGUAGCUCCCUCUACGACGGCAUCGAGCGGCCGGAAUCGCGGAACUCCAUUCAUGACUUCCAGGCGCACCCUGAGUUCAUCAUCACAGACUCCGUCCACAAUAUCCCCCUGAUCGACGAGACGGAUGUGGACGACGAAUCGGAGCAUUCCAACCAUAACCAUGUGCGUGUGGCACUUCGUCACCCCGCCCCUCACUCUCAGUCGCCUCCAAGACCCCCGCGAUCCCGUUACCCGACCCGUCCGCUGCGGCAGCAGAGUCUGCCCGUGACCCUCAACUGCAACAACAAUGCCACAGAGAGCCGUGUCUUCCUCGGCUCCAACGACAACGGGGUGGCGCACAUCUCCACCUGCCCCGCUAGCCCUCUGCACAGCUUGGAGACAUGUCUCUAAUGGAGGUCGUGACUGUCAACUGAUAAAUCCUAGUUUGAGACGGACAAGUAGGGACCAGUUUUAGGAAAAAAUGAUGAUAAAUGCGUUAUGGACUGGCAGAGAAACGUAUAGGAUGUUUCUGUACCUAAUCUGUGUUCCUGUAACUAUAAUUUUGAACCAGAUUCACUGCUUCAAAAUAUUUCAGUGGUUCUUUACAGUAGCUAUAUUGUGUUACCCAAAGACAAUCCCACUCUGCAUGAAAGUGACCGAUUAUGUUCUCUUAUGUUGCACAAGUAGAAAUACCUGAAACGGCAAGGUGGAAGAUACGCGUGGACUCUGCACUGAAGACUAGAGAUUUUGAAGACUGUGAGCCUAAUGAAAGUGUAAAAAAAAAAAAGGAAAUAUUUAUUUGAGGAUCACUCUUUUCGCCUUUUAAUUAAUAACAUUAUUGUUCCAAUUAUUUAAGUGGUUAUAUUUCUGCUAAAACUAUGACAAUUAAUACUACAGUUAGGCUACUGUACUCCAGUCAAGAUACUUCAUUGUUUAGCUUUAUAUAACUAAGUAUGUUUGUAUGUAUGACGUAAGUCUGUACGUAUGUUUGUGUAUUUGUUUGUUUGCUGUUGUUAAAAUCCGUGUCUAUGUUCUCAUUGGUUCCACAUGUGCCCCUUUCUCUGUUUCUGUGUUAGAGUGUGAUGUGCACGUCCAAUUAAAGGAGAAAAAGAAAAGAUUAUAUUAAGGAACAUAUAUCAGCAACAUAAAUAAAAUAAAAUCUAACCAUUA